AUGAUAAUCUCAACUAUUUUAAAGAAGAACAACGGUUGGCAUAACCACAUUGUGUUUAACGGAAAUCCAACUAUUUCGAAGGAGAACAAUAGCCAACGUAACAGUGUUGUGUUCUUUGAAGGAAAUAGGUCGAUGAGGACAUCAUCUUCAACUCCACUGAAGAUAAAAUCCAAAAAUGACAAAGUCAGAAAGAACUGCAUUGACGUCUCAGUAAAAAAAGAAAAUGGCAUGCUCAAGAGUAAGAAAUGGAGAGUCAAGAAAAGCGUGAUGAAAAGUUCAGGGCAAUCUAGAGAUGUUGAGGCCACUCAAGUUAACUAUGUCUCUAUUGCAAAUGAUAACCCAACUGAAAACGAAGAGCAUGAAAUCUGGACUCCUGAUAAUGAGCCGGUGGAGUUUAUUGAUAAUGUUUAG